GUUUUGUAAGUUAGAGGACAUACAAAGUAGGAAGGUAUUCGUCUCGUGAGAACUUCACCACCCGGAUCAGCCUCAGGGAAGGCCACCGCGAACCGCCCGUCCUAACCGCCGGCUGGCUCGCGGAUGCCCCGGGGGCCGGACGCCUGGCGGGGCUUCCCCUCGCGCUCCCGCUACCCACAAACCUUCGCGCCUCGGCGCGCAUGCGCAGCGGCGACGGCCCUCUCAGGAAGAGGAAAAUGGAAUAAACAACCCGGAGGAACCAGAGCGCGAGAGAGCGAGUGGAGGCAGAAUUUAAAAAUAAACUGGCCCCUCCACCCUCCCAGCCCGUUCGCCGCCGCCGCUCCCCCUUCCCAAGCCCGCUCCCUCGAAGGCCCCGUCUGGGCCCGCGCGCCCACCCCGUCGUCCCGCGCGGCCCCUUUAAGAAAAGAGAACGAGAGAGUGAGUGAGAGAGAAUCCCAACUCUCCCCCUCCCCUCCCCUCCUUCCUACCCCCUCCUCCCUCCCCUCUCCCCUCCCCCCCUCUCCCCGGGCGGCUCCGGCUCCCGCAGCGGGACAGACCCACCCGCCCAGGCUUUUAUCCGGCACCGGCAGCGUCUUCCUUCCCUCCCCGGUCUAUGGUGGCGGCGGCGGCGGCGGCUCCUCGGGCGGCAGCGGAAGACGAGGCUGCGGCGUUGCCAUGAACAGUGGCGGCGGCCUCCCGCCCCCCUCGGCCGCCGCCUCCCCUUCCUCCUCCUCGCUGGCGGCGGCAGUGGCGGUGGUGGCCCCGCCGGGGGUCGGGGGUGUCCCCGGCGGGGCGGCGGCGGGAGUCAAGCUGAAGUACUGCCGCUACUACGCUAAGGAUAAGACUUGCUUCUACGGGGAGGAGUGUCAGUUCCUACAUGAGGACCCAGCCGCCGGAGCUGCCCCGGGCCUCGGCCUCCAUAGCAACAGCGUCCCCCUGGCUCUGGCGGGCGCGCCGGUGGCCGCCUUUCCGCCCGGAGCAGUCCCGGGCGGGGGAGCUGGGCCGCCCCCGGGGCCCAAGAAGCCGGACCUGGGAGGCCCGGGGGCCGGAGCCGCAGCCGGCGGAGGAGGCAGCGGCGGCGGCGUCCUCGAUGGACCGCGGCUGGCAAUUCCUGGAAUAGAUGGAGGUGCUUUAACUGAUACAAGUCUCACAGAUUCCUAUUUCAGCACCAGCUUCAUUGGAGUCAAUGGAUUUGGAAGCCCAGUAGAAACAAAGUAUCCCUUGAUGCAGAGAGUGACUAACAGUAGCAGCUCCCCAAGCCUUCUGAAUGACAGUGCCAAGCCAUAUGCAGGCCACGAUCCUCUAACUUCACCUGCUUCAUCCUUGUUUAAUGACUUUGGUGCCCUCAACAUCUCUCAGAGAAGAAAGCCAAGGAAGUAUCGCCUGGGGAUGCUGGAGGAGAGGCUAGUUCCGAUGGGAUCAAAGGCACGAAAAGCAAAGAACCCUAUUGGCUGCCUUGCUGACAGGUGUAAAUCAGGAGUACCCAUCAAUAUGGUUUGGUGGAACAGAGUCACAGAAAACAAUUUACAGACACCAAAUCCUACUGCAAGCGAGUUUAUUCCUAAAGGAGGAUCAACCUCCAGGCUGAGUAACGUGUCCCAGUCAAAUAUGUCUGCCUUCUCUCAAGUUUUCUCUCACCCGUCCCUGGGAAGUCCUGCUGCUGCUGGCUUAGCACCAGGAAUGUCCUUGUCUGCCGGAUCUUCUCCUCUUCAUUCUCCCAAGAUCACUCCACAUACUUCUCCUGCGCCCAGAAGAAGAAGUCACACUCCAAAUCCAGCAAAUUACAUGGUGCCUUCUAGUGCCUCUACAUCUGUUAAUAAUCCCGUUUCUCAGACUCCAUCUUCUGGUCAGGUGAUCCAAAAGGAAACCGUCGGCGGGACGACUUACUUCUAUACAGACACAACCCCAGCACCUUUGACUGGAAUGAGAUCUUUCAAAAAUUAUCACAGAACAGCUUGCCGAACAGAAGGUCAAAUAAUUGAGGUAUUUCCAAACUACCACAUAUAUCCUCCAACUGCACCUCAUGUUGCCUACAUGCAACCAAAAGCAAAUGCGCCCUCCUUCUUCAUGGCCGACGAACUCCGACAGGAGCUGAUUAACAGGCAUUUAAUAACAAUGGCUCAAAUCGACCAAGCAGAUAUGCCAGCAGUCCCUACAGAAGUUGACAGCUACCAUAGCCUGUUCCCUCUAGAACCACUGCCGCCGCCCAACCGGAUACAGAAAUCAAGUAAUUUUGGAUACAUCACAUCUUGCUACAAAGCUGUAAACAGCAAAGACGAUCUGCCGUAUUGCCUUCGGAGGAUACAUGGUUUUCGUCUCGUUAACACAAAGUGCAUGGUGUUGGUCGAUAUGUGGAAAAAAAUUCAGCACUCAAAUAUCGUAACCUUGCGUGAAGUAUUUACCACUAAAGCAUUUGCAGAGCCUUCCCUUGUGUUUGCAUAUGAUUUCCAUGCGGGAGGAGAGACUAUGAUGAGCAGACACUUCAAUGACCCUAAUGCUGAUGCCUAUUUCACAAAGAGAAAGUGGGGUCAACAUGAUGGACCAUUACCCAGACAGCAUGCCGGAUUAUUGCCAGAAUCUCUUAUUUGGGCCUAUAUUGUCCAACUGAGCUCUGCGUUGCGUACCAUUCACACAGCAGGUUUGGCGUGUCGAGUUAUGGACCCAACAAAGAUUCUGAUAACUGGCAAAACAAGGUUGCGAGUAAAUUGUGUUGGAGUUUUUGAUGUUUUAACAUUUGAUAACAGUCAGAAUAAUAAUCCAUUGGCAUUAAUGGCCCAGUACCAGCAAGCAGAUCUGAUAUCAUUAGGAAAAGUUGUGUUGGCUUUGGCUUGCAACUCUUUGGCAGGAAUUCAGCGAGAGAAUUUACAGAAAGCCAUGGAACUGGUGACAAUCAACUACUCCUCUGACCUGAAGAAUCUGAUUCUGUAUUUGUUGACUGACCAAAACAGGAUGCGAAGUGUAAAUGACAUCAUGCCCAUGAUUGGUGCUCGAUUUUAUACUCAGUUGGAUGCUGCUCAAAUGAGAAAUGAUGUCAUAGAGGAAGACCUUGCAAAGGAGGUUCAAAAUGGAAGACUGUUUAGGCUUCUAGCAAAAUUGGGAACAAUCAAUGAGAGGCCGGAGUUUCAGAAGGAUCCUACCUGGUCGGAGACUGGAGACCGUUAUCUGUUGAAACUCUUUAGGGAUCAUCUUUUCCAUCAGGUGACAGAAGCGGGUGCCCCUUGGAUUGACCUCAGCCAUAUCAUUUCUUGUCUUAACAAGUUAGAUGCUGGCGUGCCAGAAAAAAUAAGCCUCAUUUCCAGAGACGAGAAGAGCGUACUUGUGGUGACUUACAGUGACUUAAAGCGCUGCUUCGAAAACACUUUCCAGGAACUGAUUGCAGCUGCGAAUGGGCAGUUGUAGUAUUUGCUGAAGAAGCACGCAGGACACGGCUGAGGACCUUACCCGAUAGCAAAUUGCACUCCAGCUGAACUGGUCUCAUCCUCUCCUUCCACAUUUGGGAAACCCGACAGGAGAUGAGCAGGCUGCUUGCACUUCAGUCAGGUACACUGCUACCCGAGAGCAAGAAUGUCCCACUUAGCCUAGAGCUGUGGCUGCCAUGGGGGCCGGAUCUGUGAAGAAUACUUUGGAUCAAGGAGCGCCAUCAGGUGAAUGGCGUUCCGGCUGUUGUGUUUUUCCCCUUGUGUAUGCACUAAUUUUAAUUUUUUAAAGACUUUUUUCUGAUCUUGGAACUUUUGCCACAUUGUAUACUUACUUACUAAGGGAAACUGUUUGCCAGGACAUUUUUGGGAAACAACGAUGGGCAGCAUUUUUGUCACUGAGGGUUGCGGCAUUGGCUCUUUGGGGGAUGGGUUGCCCUGACCGACGUAAUGGACCAGGUAAAUGGUUUCACAGAAGCACCGUGUGGUGUAUAAUCCUUGUAAGAGUAUUGGGUGCAAGCUCUGUCUGCCACCGCUGUUAGUUCAAGUGGAGAUUUUUGGGUUUUUGUUUUGUUUUGUUUUUAAGAACAGACAAAAGAGAGGUCAGUGGAUUGUGGGAUACGAACUCCCCUGUUAGUAGACUUAAAUCCUUUAUGACUAAGGAUUGGAUACACAGGAACUUACACACAGGAGCACACAGAGCUCUGGGCUCCAGAUUCAUCCAGAGUCUUUUCUUAAAAAGGUGUUUCCCUGCUCGUCAGACAUACUUAACAUUUAUGCAACUUUUUUUUUUUUUUUUUUAAUGGGAAAAAAGGUAAAUUGCGUUAAAGGCCUGAAGUUCAGGAGUAUAUUGCUUUAGAUUAUUUCCAGUUUGCUUUUUUUGUAUAAAGUUCUGUUCUUGGAACCACAGCUUUAUUAUGGUACUUUACACUGGAUACAGACACAGAGACGCUGUUCGGAAGGUGAACGAAACACAGCAGUGGUCUGGCAUCGAGAGCUUUCUGAAGUUUUACAGCCUGAAUCUGGAGGGAUAACAAUCUGCUGUGCCUUUGCAGUCACUGCUUAGCCCAAAGUAAUAGUACUUUUGAUAAUAACUUCACUAUGUGGGAUAUUCCUGAAUAAGUCAAUCUCAAAAGUUUGGAAUUUUCCUCCUCUUAACUUUCUUAAUAUUCGGACGUGCAGUUGUUGCCAAACUUGGGUAUUCGUGGAAUUUCUAGUUAAUGACACACCUACUCUUUGAUACUGAAGACUGCCAAAUACAUAGGAGUUUUCUUUCACAAAAACACAGUAAUGAAGACUCUGUCUCCUUUCCCAGCACUGAAUGUUUUACUAGCACUGGGUGCUCACCAUGCAACUAUGAAGAAAACGUGGAAACUCAGAAGGUCAGGAAAGACUUCCAAGCGCUUGCAACUGAUGUUACGGUCUUCAAUUUUAAUAAUUGCUCAUAUUUGUAGUUUUCAGAGAAGUUUUUAAUAUUUCUCUGUCCACUUUUUAUAAGCUUUAAAAUGAUUUUCUCUGCCUUGAGAUUUGCAUCAAGAAAAAAACACCUCUCUUCACCUGAAAGCUUUGAAGACUACAGACAUGCUUUACACAUUUUAACAAGUGUGUCUGAGUCCACGUUUGGUAGCAUCAGUUGUUGAGUUCAAAAGAAAAUCAAUUAUUGCAUUUGAUCUGGAUGGAUUUUACGAGAACAUAAUGUUCACUCUUCAAAGGAUAAUUAACAUUUGCCACCAUAAUGUUCUUUUUUUAUGUAAAAGGAACAAGAACUUGGAGACAUUAACAUGCAAAAGUCUUUUAUCAUUAGCUCAUGUAUUUGAGGAAGAGCAGCUGUCUUUUUAUAUGUUUUUUGACAAAUCAUAUUGUGAUUCUUUUGUACAAAAAAGAACUACUUGUAUUCUAGAAGAAAUAUGAAAUGCUUAAUUUAUAAGCGGGCUGGAGAUUUUUUCCAAUAUUGUUUUCUUUGAAAAUGAAAGGGGAUCAUCUAUUUUAGUUUUGGGGUCUGGGAACUUUUUGAAAAUUUAAUUUGUGGACCAAUGUUUUGUGAAAGCUAAUAAGGAAGGGCAGGGGUAAAAUAGGGCUUGAAUUUCUCAUCCUGUAUCGACCAGCAAACUUCCCUCUGCAAGGCAGGUUCAAAUCACAAACCCAAGAAUGUUUGCAUCCUAAGUGCUAGUUUGCUUCAGCCCCUAGUAACCUCAGGACUUGGCUUGAAUAUAAAGGUGGACAGCUGAUCUGUUUUCAUGAGUAAAUAUUGUCGGCCAGAAAACAGUUGGUGUCAGGUAAUACAUCUUUUUUUUAAGCUUUGUUUUAUAUUUAUUUUUCAUUUAGUUUUUAUUGGGAAUGGUUUCCAGUAGAACUCUUAUUAGUUCUGCUUAGGUGUUUUUUGGGGGAGCCCUCUUUUCCAUAGUGUAAUUCCACUUAAGAGGUUGUCUAAAAGGUAGUCUUUUUAAUUCAUAGGAAGAUUGUAAUAUCUGAGAGUAGUCAAAUUAAGGAUACAAACUUCCCACACCUUCCUGUUAUGACAGAUCAAAGCACAGAAAGGACAACCCUUGAAAUCAUGUAACGUUGGUCAUUUCAAUUUUUUGUACCUAUUUUAAAUUCUGUUAGUGUAUUUACUUCAUUGUAAAUAUUUUUGAGGGUACCUUUGUAUUUUGCUUUUGACCUUGGUUCUGUGGUUUGGAUGUCAACAACUUCCCUAAAAGCACCAGUAUGUUAAGUUCUAAUGUCAUGACCCCAAUAUGGGUUAUUCACCUUUAAUCCUGUUUUCAGUCUCUAUGUGUACAGCAAUAUUUUUAAUAAAGAAUUACAGAGAA